AUGGCGCAGGCUGCAACCCUCCGCCUAGCCUUCUUUUCGCUCAACCUCGCCGGAGGUGUUUCAGCCAUUCUGGUUCUUCUCCUCUCAUUCUUCAAUCGAAAUCGGCAUAAUGAUGGACUACUGGCACCUGUAAUUUCUCUCAGCAUCACUCGGCUCCUAUCUGUAAUCUUCUCGUGUCUCCUCUUGUUUGCAGGUACCAUGGCUGGCUCCUCCGUAUCAGACAUGCUCUGUCGGAUCCAAAGUGGCUUUCAAGUUGCGCAGGCUCCCUUGCUGACUUCCGGCAUCCUCUCCUUUGCUAUCAAUCUUUCUCUGGUAGCAAUGAACACCCCGUCUUCUUCACGAAACCUCGUGCAAUCGACAAAGAUUCUCGUUCUCGGUCUACCAUUUGGCAUCUUUGCAUCCCUCUCUUUGGCAGGACUCCUUGUUGCAUUCUCGGCGCCAUAUCGAGACACAGCACCCUUCCUUUACUGUAUCCUCAAUAACGAAGUUAUGUGGAAGACCUCGACUAUAUUCUCCAUUGUCAUCUCCAUUGCGACGUUCAUCCCAAUAAUGUGGCUAAUGGCGCACGGAUGUUCGUCUUACCUCGCCAUUUUCUGUAGUGUAUACUCCAUGGUGUUUGCUGGGAUGCUCAUCGCCAAACUGCAAACUCAUCGAAUCUUUGUCGACUUGUUCCUCUCGGCAGACCCCCUUAUUGUAUCGCUGGCUGUUUUUCUACAACGGUUAGCCACCUUCUACGGACCUCAACGGCCUGCACACGAUCCAGACAGUCAAGAGAGUCCCGCCAGACCCGGCACCCGACAGACAGCCAAUCCUCCGACCAUCGAGAUCAUCGUCACUUCCACACAAAGGGAUUCGGUGGCGGAACCAAAGCUCUAUGCUCUUACUCGCGCCAUGGGGCUGAGCACGCAGGAACUGCCUAUACAAGAGGCUGAGCCAAAUCAAGAAGGGGACAACGGUUCGCUCAAAUCCCAGGAGCUCCACGUCACUCCGUAUGCUAUCGAUCUCGGUCAAGAUAGUCCUAGCAUUAGGAGUGUGCAGUACGGCGUCGCCCUGGGCCACCCAUCUCGUGAUGCAUCACGAACACAUACACCAGUGAAUAUCGUCAGUGAAGUACGGCGCUCAUUUAUGGCUGCUUCUCGGAACUCGCAUCGACCAGGCGAUAGCAGGGAGUCUGUCGGGCAUGAAAUUUCGAGUGGGAGUGAUCACAACUAUAGUUUCGAUCGUCUCAGGAUGCUUAGAGUCCACUCAAGUACACCAUCAGUGGACGCGUCGGCAUUGGAAUCCUCAGUCGGCGAUCGCGGUUCACCCCGACGUACGGCUUUCGGCUCGUCACGGCACUCUCCUCUUCAAAGUACACUCAACAAGGCCGCAUACACGAAUCCCGUAGCUGCGAGGUCCAAUUCUCAGCACCAUCAAGAGAAUGGCAGCGAUUCUCGGCUCUCCCGUCACUUGCGGCAGGACGGCACCAUGACCUCCGUCGAAAGCGACAUGACAGCAGAGUCGUCAGCCCAUAUGCUAGGGGCCACAACCACUGGCUCAGUCUCUUGGCCCGACGUGUCUACCACUAGCACGCAAGAUCCGACGCGUACUGGACAUCGAGAACAUGCCGUAGCGCACACUCAUUCGCGAUUUGGUGCACAAGAUUCCCCAAUAAGCGAUCCUUCGUUCUACGACCCACUGGGCUUUGCGCCACCCAUGAGUCGAUUCUCGACGAGUAGAGACGCAACACCGUCUCCACUUCUCCUUGACGAAGAUGGCCUGGACGACAUUCAAGAAGCUCCUUCGUCUCCAGAAGACAAUGCAGCUCCAUAUCUGGGCACACAGUCGACUGAAGAUCUGUCCACACUCGAACCCGCCGCGCCUCCACACUUGGGCGCAGGAUCGUCGCAUACAAAAAUCUCUUUCGAGGCGACCAAUGAAGGAUCAGACGCAUGGCCGUAUCCUCGUCAUCGUUCUCCUCCUCCUCGGUAUGGCGAACCUGGUGGCUGGGGGAUGACGGAUAUUAUCGGCGAGAACUACGACUCUUGGGAUGCUUCAGCGAUGAACAGAUUUGAAGAGGAGACGAACGAGCGGAUGUGGUGGCAUCCUUACCAUCGAGGGCUCCUAAAACCUCUGGGACCGGGCAUGCUUCCCGUCCUGACAGCGUCAAAGAUUCACAACGACACGCACGAACUCCUCAAAGUGUCCGCAACUCUACCAGAGGGUGCUUCUACUGCAUCUGCCGAGGGCGCACCCACUCCUCCAGACGCCGACGAGGUUCGACAGGCAAUCCCGCACCCAAAUGCAUAUUACUGCGCAAAGUGUAAUGGAUGGGUCAUUGUGCAAAAGACUAGGGCAUCGAGACCUCCCAUCUUCGACUCUUAUGCGGAGGCCUGUCACGAUCUCAACUUUCCAAAUUCACGAAACCAUAACAGGGAAGCCGAGUGCAACUAUCAGCAUCUUUCUCAAACUUCCUACGACCACGAUCCAGAAAAGGUGCAUCACUACCACCUGUACGAGGAUGCCAUUCCGAGCAAUAGUAUACAACCGCCGUACCUGCGACACUCUUGGGAGCCACCGGCCGAUCUUCCCCGCAAGCUCGUCACUCACCAUGUCGGUGAUAACGAAACCUUUUGGAGCAUUCCAACGUUCAUCAUGUCUGAACGCGACGGGAACGACAUUCACGCCGACAUCGUUCCAGGAGUCGACUAUCUCGAUCUAUACGCGUGCUGCCAAUGCACUACCAACCUCUAUGUGACAAGGAAUCCCGUUCCAGGCGUCGUAUCGCCACGGCUUCUCGCGGACCUUCAGCGAGAACGCGCAAGUGGGGCCAGGGUCCUACUCGUGGAAGCCUUGAUGUGGAAAGGCCAAAAUCGACCUCUCAAAUAUGAUGGUCCAGCAUUUCAACGGAGUUUUGGAGAGGAUGCACAAGCGUUGCAAAUCUGGGGCCAACUUGGGUAUAUCAUCGACCGCACCGAAAGGGUGCUCGUACCUCCAGACCUGACUGAUGCAGAUAUUCGGGCUCGUUUAUUGAGGGGAUGGAUAGAGCUUAGCGCAUACACUGCAGACUAUCAUCGGUCCCAUUCUAGCAGCGUUGCUUCACGCACCAAAGACGGCGUCAUGGUACAUAGGCUAUCGACUAAGGUCAAUUCAGCAACGGAAGAACUUGCGGAUACCAUUGGUGCCCAUUGGAAUCAAAUUCCUCGCGGUCGUAUCGAGGCGCCUCAAUCAGAAUUUGACCCAAUCUUUAAUGAUCUUGGGAUCACUCAAUCUAGCUACACACCAAAGCUACUACAUUACGCAUAUGUACAACAGGCAAGAUGCGACAUCACUCACCUUCCGGUUCAUUUUGGCAAUCUAAGCAACCUCGUGGAGAAUAUCCUCCCCAGAUUAAAUCAAAAUUUGGGCAUGGAUUCCCUCCGUGAGUUGGUGAUCAUGGAGAGGUCCAAGGAUAUUUGGACACCAGAGGACUUCCGACGUGCGCUGGAUCUUCUCAACCUGAAUAUCGACGGUCCACUCAUGAUGAGCAUUUAUGAGAUCGAUCCCCCUUUUCUGGAGCUGGCAUAUCGGACAAAGCUCAAUGAAACCUGGCAGCCAACCUUCUCCACCGUGAGUUGGGGCCAAGACGUGAAGAUGAAGAUGGAACCAGAGGAGGCGCGACAAAAUCUCAAAGAAGCACUCCGAAUCGCUGCAGAGGGCACGGGGAGGCCUGAUUUCUACGAUAUAUACAAGAAAAUGAAGGAGCCAUGGGCUUCCAUGGAUCCAGAAAAGGCAUAUACUGCUUUAGGCGUACCAAACGACACGACUGAUGAGAUGCUGAUGAUGGUGUACGCCUUGCGAAUAGAGGACGCACCCGCUAGCAAGGAAAGGAUGGAUGAGGCCAUGCAAGUGCUCGCCUCUGCGCGAGACAGUGCUCGUCUAAAGGAGUUUGUCAAGUCAGGAAAUGAUCCGGGUGAGGCUGGAGUAAUCAUUGCUCCCGACUGGCCAAGAGGCUUGAAUCAGCUCGGGAAUACAUGUUACUUGAAUUCUCUAUUACAGUAUUUCUACACUAUCAAAGAUCUGCGUCAAGUCAUUCUUUCCAUGAAAGACCAGGCACAUAAUAUCGACAAGGGCAAGCUCAGCGAUGCGCAACUUCAGAAACACCGUGUAGGCGGUCGUUUGGUAACGCGCAAGGAGAUUGAACGCUCUAGGCUUUUCUUGCGUCAUCUGAGCGACUUGUUUACACAAAUGGCCUGGGCAGAGCCCAACGCUGUCACACCUUCUCUAGAACUAGCCAAACUGGCGCUUGUGACUUCAAAGGAUGAAGAGGAGGACGAAUCCAAAGCGAAACCUGCUACUGCAGAGGGUGAGAGCUCUUCUGCGAGCACAGAUGCCACACUUGUGGAGGAGUCUGGUAGCCCGCAGGCCCCUGGGGCCCCAUCAGCACCUUCGACCUCGACAGAAGCCGCUGCAUCGCCGACUCCUACAUCUAAUGCUUCCACAGUCCUAGGAAAGCGGCCGCGGGAGGCUCUUGAAGCUCAACCUGUACCAAGCGUCUCAGGACCAGAGGCGGCUACUCAAGCUACCACAGAUGAAGACGCCCCACCUCAAGCAAAGCGACCGAAUCAUUCACCUACAGUAACCCACGAAUCCUAUGGCUUACAUCAUAAGCAUUUAGACGACAAGGAAAUGGAAAUAGAGGGGGAUGUGUCUUCCAUUGUUGGAUCAGCUGGUGCAUCUCCACCGAGCACACCAUUUCUCUCGCGGGAUGUGACUAUGGAAGAUGUCUCUCAGCCCGAGCCGUUACCCGUGUCGCGCCAGCCACCGCCUCUUCCCCCGAGAAAGCAACCAGUGUCGGACUCUGCAAUGAUGUUCGGGAAGCAGCACGAUGUCGCAGAGUGCAUGGACAAUUGCAUGUUUCAAAUCGAAACUGCUCUCUUGGAUUUUGAAGGGCAAACAACAGUCGAUUCUUAUACUCCUGGAGUCAUCAAAAGUCUCUUCUAUGGCAAAAUGCGACAGCGGAUAACUAUGCCACCGGAUCAAUCCCAGCCGGAAGCAAAGAGCUCUGUCAACGAAAAAGAUGAUCUGUUUUCUCACCUCCCUGUCAACGUUUCGGAUGAGGGGUUCGACCUGCACGACGGCCUAGGUGGUUAUUUUCGCGACAAUGUCGAUUUCGAAGGAAAGAAGGCCGUUAUGGAAGUCUCUCUCCUCGAGCUUCCGCCAAUACUCCAAAUUCAGCUGCAGCGAGUACAAUUCAACCGUGCGACCUCUCAACCAUACAAGUCCCAGGCAUACGUGCGCUUCGAAGAGACGUUGUUCAUGGACCGUUACUUGGAGACCUCAGAUCCUGUCAAGAAGGAGCGGUCCAGAGAGAUUCAGGGCCGGCUGAUGCACUGCCGAGAUCGCAUCAAUACACUUACGCAAGAGCAUGGUGCAUCUAUGGCCACGGCUGUCAAGAAAACUGCCGAGCUACUUCAGGGUGUCUUCGCUCCCUUGGUAGAGACGGAAGGAUACACAGAUAGCCAUGUGGAUGCUAUCAAAGCUGAAUCAGUUCGACUGGAGGAGGAGCUAAGUUCGCUGCGCGGAACGGUAGUUCGCCUCAAACAGGAGCUAGAUGAGCUCUGGAGAGAUCAGCAAACAACUGAAUACGAGUUAACCUCGGUGUUUAUUCACAGAGGUUCGACGCCAUCCUGGGGUCAUUACUUCUUCUAUGCACGGAACCUACCCGACAAACCGGAAGAGUGGUUCAAGUACAAUGAUUCAGCUGUUUCAAAGGCGUCUAAAGAAGAGGUUCUUGCAGACACGACAGGUUCGACAGCAAACCCGUAUCUGGUACGUCCAAAGCCACCAUACGGACGACUCGCUUGA